CUAGUAACUACGCCGGAGCUAUCUUUCACAGACAUUCCACAAUCGGCCGUGGGCUAAUCGGAUCGAGUCCUGAUCGUCGUUCGACUUUUCUAGCGUUGCUAACCCGUGCCGAACGAUAGGAUCAUCUAGUUUCAUGUCUAGAUAAUAAUUCGUGAAUAACAACAACAAUAAAAAUGGACGAAAAAAAAUGUCUGUUAACGUUGACCGUACUGUUCUACAUAUCGGCGUACAGUGUGGUUGCCGCCGGAUCACUAACCGGUGUGUACAUGGACAACGGUGUCCAGACGGUCAAGCAAGAUCUCAUGUCGGUUGAGGAGCGAAACGAAGUUGAACAAGAGAUACUGACCAUGUUCGGUGUGCCGAAAAUACCACGAAAAUCUCCGAAGAACCUGGACGGUUCGGCACCACAGUUUCUGUUUGAUGUCUAUAAAUCCAUACAACAGGAUGGUUUGCAUGACAGAAAACCAAGAAGUGUUUCAGAUGUUGGUCAAUACGAUGAUCGUACCGUACAAGACAGUGAUGUCAUUGUCACACUAUAUCUAUCAAAUCAUUCUCCAGUUAGUAAUGUUCGGCACGAACAUGGUAAACGGAUUUUAUUUGAAUUAAAUGAUGUACCACCUGAAGAAACUCAUAUGAUUACUUCAGCUGAAGUUCAUUUGUACCAAUCUGGUAGUUCAAGUAGUGUUAAGAAGUAUUUGGUAACUUUGUAUCAAGUUUUAAUUACAAAAAAUGGAGAAAAAGAAUUAGAAUUUGUGGAUUCCCAAAACACAACAACAGAUUAUGAUGGAUGGCUUCGAUUUAAUGCAACUGGUGCUUUAGUUUCAUGGACCCAUUAUUUAUACCCCAAUCGAGGAUUAUAUGUUUCUGUACAUUCUCAUGAAAAUCCAGAUCAUGAAAUCAAACCAGAAGAAAUUGGUAUGGUAACUUGGGCUGACAAACAUCAAUUAUCUGAAGCAAAAAAACCAUUUAUGGCUGUUUAUUUGAAGUCCAGAAAUGGAGGUAAUAUAGUUGGUGGUCCCUCUCUUCAAAAACAUUAUAGACGAAGAAGAAGGAAAACUAUUGAAAGUAGUUACAACUCAAACCCAUUUCAAAACAUAGCAGAAGGGUUUCAAUCCAGAAGUUGUCAAAUACAAACAUUAUAUGUGAGCUUCAAAGAUCUGGAAUGGCAGGAUUGGAUAAUAGCACCCGAUGGUUAUGGAGCAUUUUAUUGCACCGGUGAGUGUAAUUUCCCGCUCAAUGCUCAUAUGAAUGCGACAAACCAUGCAAUCGUUCAGACAUUGGUACAUUUGAUGAGUCCUAUACAGAUCCCUAAACCCUGUUGUGCACCAACAAAAAUGGCUCAACAAGCUGUACUAUUUUUUUUGGAAGAUAAUAAUGUUAUAUUAAAGAAGUAUAAGAACAUGAUAGUUAAAAGUUGUGGGUGCCAUUAAAAAUUACCCAUUUAGUUUAAAACGAAAGGUCUAUAUAUGGCUGUUUACAAAUCUGAUAUUGACAAUUAUUUAGAGGAAACUUUUUUUACUCCAUUGUCUUAAGUUUAUCGUUAACUAUUGUGUAAUUUAACACAACCAACUAAAAGUAAAUGAUUUCUAUAUUAAACUCUUUAGGGUAUAGUGAUGUUUUAUAAGCAGUAAAAUAUGUUUAUUUAAAAUUUAUCAAGUUUAAUUAACAAUAUUUUUUAUAAUACUAUAAAUACUUGGAUUCAUUAAUUAUAGAACUAGAUAGUGUUGAACACAAAUUAGAAUUAUUAAAAAAUUAUAAUUAACUUAAACUACAAAGUUAAACAUAUACUUUUUUAUUUUAUUUAGAUUGAGUUAAGUAAAUAUAAUAACUAUUUUGAAAUCUCUUAUUUUAGGAAAAAUUCUUUUUAAUUUAGCAUGUUAAGUUUAAAAAAAAACUUUGUUACAAAAUUAGCAUUGCUCAAACUUGUUUUAUCUUUAUAAUAUUAUGUGCCUUAUUGAACAUUUAUUUUGUGUAACUAUUGAUAAAAAUAUGUAUUGUGGUGUAAUACUACAGUUAUUAUUAAAACUAAUAGUAUAACGACUAUAGGAAACUCAAUGAAAAGUAGGCAAAGCUAUAAUUUUAUAUAAAAGUAAAAUAUUUGAUUAAAAAUUAUCACCAAAGUUCAUUAUGUAUACAUAAUGAUGAAAUAUCAGAUGUUUAUAGAGGUCAAGACUUUAUACAUCGGUUUUAUACCAAUACUUUAACUUAAUAUAUUGUAUAAUAAUUGACAGACACCAUGUAAUUCAAUGUUUUAGGCUAUUUUAUACACUUUGUAAACAUUAUUAAAUAGUUAAUGUUUAUAGUAUCAUUUACACUAUAUACUACAUGCUACAAGAUAUUAGAUGUUAAUAUUAUAUACGUCCACUGUCCACUGUUCCUAUUCUUAUAUUAUAUGUUCACCUAUUUAGAAAAUUUACAUUUAAUAUUUUAUAGUACUUAAAAUUAUGAUAAUAAUUUAUAAUAUAAGAGUUUUCAACCAACAAUAUUUGUAUUAAGGCAAAAAAAAAAAUGUACAAUUCGUCCUAGAGACUCAUGACUUUUAUAACAACAAUUUUUUGAAAUAAACAUGUGAUCAUACAAUUAGCUUUGUAUUGAAUACAAUUGUUUAAAAUUAA